GCAGAGAACACGGCCGGAGCCCGGGACGGGGCUGGGAAUCGCCGCAGACCAUAUUGGGGGUGUCUGGCUGCCAGAGCCGCAAGCCCCGCCCCCGCCGCUCACUGGGGCUCUCAGGGGAGCGCCCAGGCCUGCGGAGGCCUACACAGGCCCCAGGCCCGCGCCCCGCGCCGCCCGCGACCGCUGACCCUCAGCCUCCGCCCAGCUUGGCGCCGGGUCCCAACCCGGCCCGGGACGAUAUCCAGCGCGUGCCACUCACCGCGCCACCCUCCCGCGCUCCCCCGCCGCCGCGAGUGGUGCGGCCCGGCUCCGCCCCCUGACGCCAGCGAGGGGCGGGGCGCCGUCCGUCACGUGACGGGGAGUGACCUCGCCGCCGGGCGCCAUGGGGGCCUCAGACCCGGAAGUGGUGCCCUGGGCUCGCGGCGGUGCCGCGGGGAUGGCGGGAGCCGGAGCUGGAGCCGGAGCUCGCGGCGGAGCGGCGGCGGGGGUCGAAGCCCGGGCUCGCGACCCGCCUCCCGCGCAUCGCGCCCACCCGCGCCACCCUAGGCCUGCGGCGCAGCCCUCAGCCCGCAGGAUGGACGGCGCGUCCGGGGGCUUGGGCUCGGGGGACAACGCCCCGACCACCGAGGCUCUUUUCGUGGCACUGGGCGCGGGCGUGACGGCGCUCAGCCAUCCGCUGCUCUACGUGAAGCUGCUCAUCCAGGUGGGUCAUGAGCCGAUGCCCCCCACCAUUGGGACCAAUGUGCUGGGGAGGAAGGUCCUGUAUCUGCCGAGCUUCUUCACCUACGCCAAGUACAUUGUGCAAGUGGAUGGGAAGAUAGGGCUGUUUCGAGGCCUGAGCCCCCGGCUGAUGUCCAACGCCCUCUCCACCGUGACCCGGGGCAGCAUGAAGAAGGUUUUCCCUCCGGACGAGAUCGAGCAGGUUUCCAACAAGGAUGACAUGAAGACUUCUCUGCGGAAAGUGGUGAAGGAGACCUCCUACGAGAUGAUGAUGCAGUGCGUGUCCCGCAUGCUGGCCCACCCCCUGCAUGUCAUCUCAAUGCGCUGCAUGGUUCAGUUUGUGGGACGGGAGGCCAAGUACAGCGGUGUGCUGAGCUCCAUUGGGAAGAUUUUCAAAGAGGAGGGGCUGCUGGGAUUUUUUGUCGGUUUAAUCCCUCACCUCCUGGGAGAUGUGGUUUUCUUGUGGGGCUGUAACCUGCUGGCCCACUUCAUCAAUGCCUACCUGGUGGAUGACAGCUUCAGCCAGGCCCUGGCCAUCCGGAGCUACACCAAAUUUGUGAUGGGGAUUGCAGUGAGCAUGCUGACCUACCCCUUCCUGCUGGUUGGCGAUCUCAUGGCUGUGAACAACUGUGGGCUGCAGGCCGGGCUUCCCCCCUACUCCCCAGUGUUCAAGUCCUGGAUUCACUGCUGGAAGUACCUGAGUGUGCAGGGUCAGCUCUUCCGCGGCUCCAGCCUGCUUUUCCGCCGGGUGUCAUCAGGAUCGUGCUUUGCCCUGGAGUAACCUGAAUCACUGAAUCACGCCGGCUCAGCCUGGCCACCGUGGAUGAGGCCUGAGCAUCUUGGGCACUUUUAAGACGACUCCAACCCAGCAACACCUAGAUGUGCUGGGGCCCAGCUGGGCUUCGGCGUCCAUGUUUGCCAUGUGUCUGUUCAGAAGCGGGCUUGAGUGGGGGGAGGCUGUGCCCAGUGAUUGGUCACCUGUCAGACCAGGGGAAAGGGGGGCAGGGAACCAGGGCAGAACCCCCUUUCUUCACAGAUGUGCCGAGUCUGCCUUGUGCAGGUCAGAGAAUGGUUUGUGGAAGCCCAGGUUGGAUGGGGAAAGGCUCAUGGUGUCAGACCUGCCCCCACUCACAGCCCAGUCAGCCCAGCUCCCGCCCGGCAGCCCCGCUGGGGGCACGCUCUCCUGCUUGUACAUAGGGCGUGAUCCCCUUUCCCGAGGCCGCCGUCAUGUCCAGGUCUAUUGCUAGGUUCUGCCUCCGUUUUCCUCAACACUACUUUUCUGAUAUGAAGGCAGAACCUUCUGAAUGGAAAUCAUGUGACCGCUCAGAAUGUGUCCCCUCAUCCAUUGCCUAUCUGUGUAAUGGGGACACCUCAUGUACAGGAUCUUGUUACCUGUGCAGUGUGAACACCCAGAAUUUAGAUCAGUGUCUCUAGUCCUACCCGGUUUAAAAGCUCCUGAUGAGAUUUGACCCUUCCUUCCUCAAAUAAAUGUACUGGUGGUGAUUUGGA